AUGGCAUCCAGCCACUUCUCGCCGCGGCACAUCCCCGCACUGAUCCUCGCAUCCACGACCACGCUGGGCGGGUUCUGGCCCAUGCUCAACGCGCACUCGGCCAUGCUGGCGUUUGGUUUCCCGCCGCACCUGGCCGAGGCGCCCGCCGCGCAGCCUGUCAUGCUCCAGGGCCAGUCGCGCAGCACCAUCCUCGGCGCCCUCAUCUUCACCCUCUACUUCCGCCGCCGCUACGCCGAGAUCGACACGCUCAUGGCCAUCAUGGGGUUCUGGGGCGGCGCGGUCGACGCCUUCGUUGUUUGGAGGCACGGCAGGCCGGACAAGGCUUUCUUUCGGCUGGUCACGCUGUGGUCGUUUGCCGCUAUUGGGUUGGCGGGCUUGACUGCGUCGUCUGGGUGA